GCCUGAAGCAGUUGCCUGACAUUAAGGGUUUUCUCCUUAUAUGUGGCUUUCAAAUAAGGACUGAAAAUUCUGGGACUAUAGAAAGGAUAAAGAAAAGAGAGCAACAAGAUGACAACCCGACAGCUGGAGCAAGAGAAGUGUUAUGACCCUCGCGACACCACGCUGAAAUUUGUCAACAGGAAGGACGAAAUAACUGGCGAUGACUAUGUGUCUCUAAGGGCAGAAAUGUCCUGUGGUCAUGCAGCCACCCCAGAGUCAGUGACAGGAUGGUGUUACGAACUUCUAAGACGGAAACAAUACAGGUUCACUUGUCCUGCUGACAAAAAUGGCAAAAUGUGUGGCGCAGAGUGGACUUUCCAAGAGGUGUGUAAAAUGGCACGUCUGACCAACAAGGAGAUGCAGGAAUUUGAGCACAUUAUGCUUGAUUUACAUUUAGCCCAGCAGGAAAUCAAACAAUGCCCAGGCUGCAGGUCACACCUAAAAAGAAGCAACGCCUACAACCUGAGUGUACGCUGCACAAAGUGUUCGGUAAUAACAGGCCAGGCCUUUGAAUUCUGCUGGCAGUGCAUGAAUCAGUGGAAAGGUCCACAACCACGGGCUGACCGCUGUGACAAUCAUAACUGCACCAAUGAGACCCUGGAACUGCUGAAGAACUGCCCCGUUACCUCACUUUUUGGACACCAUUACUGCCCAUCCAUACGGGCCUGUCCGAACUGUGAAACCAACAAAAGGAGCAGCAGACAGCCGGAGCGGAGCGAAGGAGGCUCCGCCCCUGAAUCAGGAUGGGGCGCCGGAUUGGGAGGAGGCUCCGGUCCUGAGUCAGGUGCCCUGGCCCCCAGGGGGGGAGAUGCCUAG